AUGGUUGAUGUCUCAGGAAGAAUAAGUUCUCACUUUCUAAUGAGAACGAAAGAACAAUUGAAGAUGAAACACAAAGAUAUCUUAAGAUUUGAUGUCACUGUUACUAUUCGACAUUAUGCACAUUAUGUAGCGCCACGUUUUAUGAGAGGAUCAACCUCAUCCCAAACCUCAAUACCCAUAACCUGCGAAAGAUUCUUAGAAAACAAUCAUGGUUUUCUACUAAGUGUUAUAUGUUCCUUGCCUGGUUACGUCCCAGAAAGUUUGAUCCAAUUAGAACGAAGGAUUGUUUUUGAGGUUCAACGAGACUUGGAAGUUGAGAGCAACAGUUGUACGGAUUCAAAGUGUCGAGAAUUUUCAUUGGCUUUGGACAUUUUCAUAGACGUUGUGCAAUAUGAAGAGAGAGAUGAUGAAGAAGAUGCAAUGAUAGAAAUAGAAGAGUCCAUGCAGCAAGGUGUGGUUAUGGUUCCUGCCUCCGAUGAAGCCAUUCAGUCCUUGAAAGCAUUCACAGACUCAUCGUUCCUGAAAAUCGAAAAGUGCAAUAUUUGCAUGGAUAAGUUUGAAGUUGAUGAGGGUGAUGAUCAAGAUGAUGUGUUAUCAAUGCCAUGCAACCAUGUGUUUCAUCGAGAGUGUAUUGUCAAAUGGUUGCAAACUAGUCACACGUGUCCUUUGUGUCGCUAUCCUAUGCCCACUGCAUAUGAUUGA